GACGUCACUCAUUUUAAGGUAGACCAGGGUAAUUUGAUGCUCAGGAGAACGGAACUGUAAUGUUCACAUCCACCCCGAAUUACAGCUAGAUCAGCAGCCUAAUGGUGACCCAUGAUACGGAGCUGAAGCAGCAGAUUAGUGGGAUUCACUAAUCGCUAGAGAGUCAAAGGUCUGUGCACAUUGUACUGAGACGCGCACACUGCAGGAGCAGCAGAAGCCGGCUGACACUAUUCUGCUAGUAACAUCUGAUCCAUGUGCACACAUAUCAGAAGGACGCACCACAGAAUGUCUUCCCUCUCACAUCUGAAGGAAAUCUUCCGUAUGGCCGAUGCUGUGUGCUUUGAUGUGGAUAGCACAGUUAUAAAAGAGGAGGGUAUAGAUGAGCUGGCCAAGUUCUGUGGUGUGGGAGAUGCUGUGGCAGAGAUGACUCGCAAAGCAAUGGGAGGAUCUCUGACAUUCAAGGCCGCCCUGACUGAGAGACUUGCCUUAAUUUGUCCAUCGCGGGAACAAGUACAAGCGCUGAUUACUGAACACCCUCCAAGGCUCACCGAGGGGAUAAAGGAACUGGUACACAGACUGCACCAGAGAAAUGUACAGGUCUUCCUCAUAUCUGGAGGAUUUCAGAGCAUUGUGGAGCAUGUAGCCACGGAGCUGGACAUCCCUCUGACUAAUGUCUAUGCAAACAGGCUCAAGUUCUACUACAGUGGUGAAUAUGCUGGAUUUGAUGAGACAAAGCUUACAGCAGAGUCAGGUGGAAAAGGAAAAGUGAUUGGCCUACUGAAGGAGAAAUAUGGCUUCCAUAAUGUAGUAAUGAUUGGAGAUGGUGCUACUGAUAUGGAAGCCUGCCCACCAGCUGAUGGUUUCAUCGGGUUCGGAGGCAAUGUCAUCAGACAACAAGUAAAAGAAAAAGCCAAGUGGUACAUUACAGACUUUGAGGAGCUCCUCAGAGAAUUGGAUAGUGAUUGUAUCAAAAUGAAUCACAAUGAUAUAAUUUACUAGUAUACAAAAACUUGCUCGCGUUUUAUAUAGUAUAGAAAAGAACCUCGUUUAAUAUAGUGUUUUUCUCUUCAUUGCACAGCCCUUUGUAUAAAUGAAGGGCCUUUAGACAUUUUAUGUUAUUUGAAUUCAUCUGUUAUUAGUCUUUACUUUUAAGAACAAAUAGAGUAUAAACAAUGGGUAGAACACUUUUUGGGAGUUGGAGUGGGGUUAGGGGGUUGUGCUUUAAUUGCUCAUCCUUAUUUGAAGUGGUACUUAGGACUAUUAAUAUUAAGAAGUAUCUUAUUUUUUAUUUAUUUUUAAGAUUUACCCUUUUACCUUAGAACAUAGGUUCCGAAAUGUGGCCCUCAUGGCACCCCAACGGUCCAGUUUUAAAGAAAAGAUAUCCAUGGCGCAGCACAGAUGGUUAAGCCAAAUUGACUGAGGCUGCGUUCACGCCAAACAGCCCCUCUUGGCACGCCAGGUUGCGUGAGACUUUUCUAGCAUCGGGCAUUUUUUUUGCUUCUUUUUUUACAGAAAAUUUGUCUUAUAUGCAACUAGGAUUAAUUUGAUAUAUGACACUUGUAUAUCUGUACAAAGUGCUACUAUGUAGCAGCUGCAGCUUUUUUCCAAGUUCUAUUCUGUUCGGUAUACAGACUCAAUAACACACAAUAUAUAAGUGUCAUAUAUCAAAAUAUUCAGUCUCCGCAUAAGUCCUAGACACUUUACUAAUAAGACACAUUUUUGGCAAAAAAAGAUGCCCGAUCUGCCAGCUCACUCACACCAGGAAUCUCAUGCUGCAUGGCGUAUUGAGGCUGGAUGUAUGAGGACACAUCUGGAUAUACUUAAAACCUGUACCAUUAGGGUGUCUUGAGGACCGUGUUUGGGAACCUCUGCCUUAGAAUAAUUAAAAGCUGAUCCUACGGUUUAUUGUCAGUGGUUUAACUUUAAAAAAAGGUAAUGUAUUUAGCAAAAGCUGAAGGUGGGUGUGCAGGGUCGGAUUAACGUCUGUGGGGGCCCCUUGGCAACAAACUUUUGGGGGCCCCUAUCAAUAAAACUGAUACAGUGGCGAUGUUAUAAAAAAAGUAUAAUGUA